CCACGAGGCAUCGGUCGCCCGUUGUAAACUGGCAAAGAAAAUGAGUUCAUUCGCAUCGUGCUGAUGCAACGUGGGCUCAACCCGUUUAUAUAACAGAGACGAUAAUAAACGCAUCGGUGAAUUCAAGGCAAGCUUGGAUGAGCUGUCAAUACUCAUCCCAUGUGCAAAAGCUAAAUUCCCGUCCAGUGUUACGAACAGCAAGUGAUCUAUAAGCACGAGAAUGGGCGACAGAGCACCAAUUUAUACAUCGGAAACAACUGGCUCCGACGACACCGGCAAUGGUUCCGAAGGCACGCCGUUCAAAACGGUGUUGCGUGCAAUGCAUUACGCGAAGCAAGAGCCUUUUCCAGAUAUUUUCGUGGACAGCAAGGACAGUAGUGUAAAAUAUGAGCUGAUCAGCCAGGCGCAAAAAAAGAAAAUUAAAAAAAUAUGGGUGCGUGAGUGUUACAAAGAUGCUGAUAAAGCUGCUGCAAUCGAAAAACGUGAAGCUGAGGAUGCCGCACGACGCGAGCAGAACCUGGAGGAAGCAAAGAAGAUUGUUAUUGCAGAGGACCCCAGUUUGCCCAAAGCAAUGGAGAUGAAAAUUCGUGAACUUACGAAGAACAAAGGUAAACGAAUGCGUGUGUUCGGCUGGGUACACAAUCUGCGGCGUCAAGGCAAAGCUAUCAUGUUUGUUGUACUUCGUGAUGGUACCGGAUUUUUGCAGUGCGUGCUUAGUGACAAGCUAUGUCAAACUGUUAAUGCACUCAAGUUGACUACCGAAUGCACGGUUUUAAUCACAGGCAUAGUGAAUGAUGUUCCAGAAGGCAAAUCGGCGCCAGGAAAUAUCGAGUUGCUGGCUGACUAUUGGGAGAUGAUUGGAGAAGCUCCCGCUGGUGGUAUCGAUAACGUUAUCAAUGAUGAAAGCCAUGUCGAUGUUUUACUCGAUAACAGACAUCUAGCACUGCGUAGCGAGACGUUGAGCAAAAUUAUGAAGGCCCGGUCGGUAAUCAUGCAGUGUUUCCGAGACCACUUUUUUGAACGUCACUAUACAGAAGUAUUUCCUCCUACACUUGUCCAGUGUCAAGUCGAGGGCGGUUCUACACUGUUUAAGUUGGACUAUUUCGGAGAGGAAGCCUACCUAACGCAAAGUUCACAGCUUUACCUCGAAACCAUGCUACCCUCUCUAGGAGACGUAUUCUGCGUCGCAAUGUCAUACCGAGCCGAACAAUCACGCACGCGCCGCCAUUUGGCUGAAUACACUCACAUCGAAGCAGAGUUCGUGUACAUAACUUUCGACGAGCUGCUCAACAGGAUUGAAGAUAUGAUCGUUGAUGUCGCUGAGCGUGCUAUGAAAUCGCCUAUUGGCGAGAUUAUCAAGGAGCUGAACCCGUCGUUUGAGCCUCCUAAAAAACCAUUUAAGCGAAUGACUUACGUCGAUGCUAUUGAAUACUGUCGCGCUCACGAUAUCCUAAAAGAAGAUGGAACUCACUUUGAUUUCGGAGACGACAUACCCGAGAUGCCAGAAAGAAAAAUGACGGACCAAAUAGGAGAGCCGAUUCUACUCAAUAGGUUCCCUGCUGAGAUUAAAAGCUUUUACAUGCAGCGAGACGCCGCCGACAACCGAGUUACGGAAUCCGUUGAUGUAUUAAUGCCUGGCGUCGGUGAAAUAGUGGGUGGAUCAAUGAGGGUUUGGAAGGAGGAAUCACUCACAGAAGGGUUCAAACGCGAGAACAUCGAUAUGGCUAACUAUUUCUGGUACAUCGACCAGCGUCGCUUCGGAACGUGCCCCCAUGGAGGUUUCGGUCUAGGAUUCGAACGGUUCCUUACCUGGAUACUCGGAAGAUAUCACAUUAGAGAUGUAAUAUUGUAUCCACGCUUUGUCGGACGUUGCAAGCCCUAACGUAUGUGUUUGAGUGAUAGAGGCUGAAUCUUGAAGUGAGCAAAAAAAAGUACUGACACUGAACGGCAGACGUCUAGAUUCCAGUGUCGACCGUAUUGGCGCAUGUAUGCUCGUUUGACCUUUCCAUACUUUAUCUAAAUAAAUUUCUAUUCAUGGACCUAUAAUGUACUUAAUUCAAUGUGAUGAAAAUGAGAGUAGCUUUACACACUUCGUCGAGCAACGAUUACACACACAGUCUUAGUAUGUGACCAUUUCGACCUACUCAUGGUAGCAAAUGUCGAUUAUGAAGGCUUUUUUUAAAUAAGCACUUUUAGCUUUUUUAGGUAUGAGCGACGGGGACAACCGGAGUAAAUAGGCCGAACUUUCAAUAAUUUGGUCUUGUUAUGAUGUUUAAUUUUCGUGAAAUUAUAGCUCCAUGCUUUAGGGCAUACAUCUAAGACGUUACUUGUAUACUUAAAGGGCUUGAUAAUAACAAUGCUUCGAUUAGAUUCCCAUGCGUGAGCUAAAUUGUUGAAGUUGAAACGUCAU